GUAAGUUUGGUUUAGGAGAAGAGAAUGACAUACAGUCUUAUAAAUAUUAUCAUUAUUCAGUGUCAGGCUUAGGGUUUUGGGAAUCGAUGGAAGGGAGAAGUGACGUGGACGCAGCAGCGGACCGAAUUUCCAAAUUGCCAGAGCCAAUUUUGCAGCAUAUCUUGUCUUUCCUUCUUGCUAAAGAUGCCGCUCAAAUGAGUACAUUGUCCAAGGUUUGGGAUAGUGCUUGGAAUUCACUCUCCUCUAAUUUUGGUGAUAAAUUCCUCAAGUCAAAAGACAUGCCAAAGCUCGUCAAUGUUGUGAAUCAAACCCUAGCAAAUCGGCAAAAGCACAAGAUUUCCAUGCAAAAAUUCUCUCUAGGAUUACCACAUCAUCGUUGGCUUUCUUAUGUCGAUGAUUGGAUUAAGAUACUCAUAGCUUGUAAUAUCAAAGAGUUGAAUCUAAGAGUAAGCAGACCUAUUUAUGAAGGCAAACUCGAAUACAACAGCUUGCCCGAGGCAAUCUUUGCUGCCAAAGCACUAAAUGUGCUGCGUUUGGAUGGAUUUAAGAUUGAAUUGCCUUCUAAUGGUAUAAAGUUUUCAUCUUUGCGAGAGUUGCGCCUCUCUGACGUAUUUUUGAACGAGGAAUUUAUUCAGGCUCUGUGCACAAGCUGCUGCAAUUUAGAGGAUUUGUAUUUGCAGAACUUUGAUGGACUUGCCAGUUUUCAAGUUGGGUGAUACUUCUUUACCUAAACUGAAAAAGGUAAACUUGGAAUUUUGCCCUUUUGUAUUUCAAUUGGUUGAUAUUGCAGCAAUUAAUCUUGAAGAUCAUAAGAUCUACAGCCUUUAUGGGAAUCUAAAGGUAGUUAAAAUAACUGCUUGCAAAGCCCUCAAGACGUUGUACCUCAAUUGCGUUGCUGUCACUGAUGAAUGGUUAGAGAGCCUUUUUUCCAGUCUACCUAUCUUUGAAAUCUUUAAAUUAUUCGGUUGUGAGACAUUGAAAAACAUGAAGAUCACGAGUGAUAGGCUCAAAUGGCUGAUGGCCUCACGGUGUGAUAAUCUGAUUGCUGUUGAAUUGGACACUCCUAAUUUAAUAAAGUUCCAAUACAAUUGUCAUCCACUGUCAACAUUCAAAUUGAAAGCUUCAAUUUUGCUGGAAGCCAGUUUCUGCUUAACCCCGGAAGCUGACGACAAUCAUUGGCACUCUAAGCUCACGAAAUUUCUUGCUAACUUCAAUCAUUCCAAGGUUAUUGAAUUGUCGUGCCACUGCGACAGGGUAAUAGUUAUACCAAAAGACCUGAGAGAAAACUUCCUUCCUCCCCUAUAUGGUACUAAUAUUUUGCAAGUAAACCUUCAGAAUCAAUCGAACUAUUCAGUUGUCGACGUUAUUGAUAGCAUGCUUUGGAUUUCUCCUCACCUGGGCACCCUAUCUUUUAUUACCCGAGCUCCCGGCUUAAAGACCCUCAAGUUUAUAUAUGAAGAUGCAUCGGAUGAUGAUGAGAAGCCUUGUUGUGCAUCUCUACCAUGGAAAUGUUGGAGGCAUGUGUUAAAGAAAGUCAAAUUGCAAAACUUUACAUGUAUGGAGCAACAAGAGUUGAGAAACUACUUUUUCGCAAAUGCAGAUAUCUCGGAGAUGGUUGUGAUUCCCCUAGACUGCAGCCUUUGAGUCAAAUAUUUCUUCACUUAUUGUAUUUUAAAUAAAAGUUUUCAUGAUUUCUUCGGUGAUGUUGUGUUUAAUCUUUAAUCUUUUACAAUAGGGAUGUUUUGAAUAAAUUUGUUCAUGUCGGUUCGGUC